GUUUCAAGAUGGACGACUGUACGUUAGAAAAACUUGUCAUUAAACCAGGCAAAUUAUCGCCAAGUUUUGACAAAAACCACGUCGAAUACGAAGUAACAGUGCCAAGCAAUGUAACAAAAAUUAAUAUUGAUCCAUUGACAAGCGACUCCGGUGCAUCCUACUGUAUAUUCGGAGGAGAUGGAGGUAAGGAUGUCCCCCUUAAAGAAGGUGCAGUGACAGAUAUAAAGAUAGAGGUGACUUCGGAAGAUGGGACAAUAAAACAUUAUUUCAUACAUGCAAAGAGGUUGUCAGCCAAAGAUGCAUUCCUCAGUGACCUACAGCUGUCCGUGGGAAAUAUCAGUCCUGUGUUUAAUCCAGAUGUCCUCAGCUAUUCCUGUCUUCUUCCUUGCAAUGUUGCUGAAGUUGUGCUAAAACCAGUUGCCCCAGAUACUAAAAAUGUUGUGCUUGUUUGUGGUGAAAAACCAGGCACCCCAACAGCACUGAAUGUUGGUGAAACAAAUUGCUCCAUAGAGGUGACAUCAGCUGAUGGUUCAAACAAAAAGACUUACGUCGUGGACGUUAUUAGAAAACAGAUUCCCCGAUUUGUGAAGUUGUUGGAUGAAAAGCUUGCUAAAGAAUUUGAAUGUCCAUUUACUCUGAGUGUUCUUUAUCGUCCAAUCACCAUUCGAGGAAGUAAUCCCAAGAACACGUACUCUGCUCCAAAUAUUGAUGAGAAAACACGCAGGUCUAAAAUUGACCCAUUGAGUGGGAUGCCAUUGGGAAAGGACUGGAGAAUUGUGGAUUAUGAAUUAGAUAAAAAGAUUGCAGUUGCCAUGGCUACAAUUCCACUCACAAAUAAAAAGAUGUUAGAUCCAGCUAAGUUUUCAGAACUGGCAGCUGAAAUUGAAAAGUGCAACAUCGCUCCCCCAGUGGAAGAUGUCGCUGACAAAUUCAAAAGUACAACAGCUCCACUAAACCACUCUGUACAGGUCAGAAAAUGGGAGAAAAACUUGCAACAGAUUUUUGGUGAAACUGAUGUUACAGAAAUGUGUGGGAAUGCAGAUUCCUUUUUACUGAAGUAUUUUGAGUCUCUGCCAAAAUCAGGACAGUCUACUCAGUGGGCCCAUGGAGAAACACCAUUAGAUUUUUUGGACAAUGCUGCAUAUAACUUGGCCAGUGCCAUCAAAUGCAAACCAAAAGAUGCAGCCUUACACUUGAGGCUGGGACAAGUGCUUGAGGAAAGAUACUAUGCUGAAGAUUUAUUUGGACUCAAAAAAGAGGCAGGUGGUGAGUCGUUGCCAUCCUUCAACCUUGAAGCAAAAGAGAGUUCAAAAGAUGAGGAAUGUGCAGCCAUUUGUAAAUUACGAGGAGUGGAUAGUGCUUCUGCCCCAAUUGCUUUACAACUUAAGGCCAUUGAUGAGGAAUAUCAUCAUCUUUUGAACAAUAACCAAAGUGGCAAGGCAGACCAUGUAAUGGGUUUAUAUGUGUGGAAAUCCAAGCAGGCCUCUCAGGAAGGAAUGGCUGCCCAAAAAGCUCAGGAUGAGGAGUCUUCCUUGGGCCAAGCCUAUCUAAAAUAUAUGGAUGCACUGACCUUAGAUGAACCUAAGGCCAUUUAUAACUUCCAUGUGGGACGUAUGCUUGUAAUACAGGGGAACUUUGACGAUGCUGUGAAGAGACUUGAAGUGACAUUGAACUGGAAUCCUAAACAUCAGUUUGCCAAGUUCUACUUAGGACUGGCACUCGCUUUACAGAAAAAUGGACCUGGUGCCAGAGCUAAAGAAACAAUCCUCUACCUCCUAGAGGCCAUGGAAACACUCCUGACACAACAUACAAAGGCAGCUAUGACUUCUGAUGACCCUAGAGAUAUACCACCUGAAUUACAUUCUGAAAAUUUGUUAAGAUCAUCAAAUGUUCAUCUUCUACGAGGAAUUGUUAACUUAGGAAAGCUGUUACAGAAAAAUACAGAUGUCAAAGACUGCAUGUCACCAGAACACAUAUUUCAUACCUCAGCUUUGCUGGCAUCACAGGUCCUUCCCUAUAUUGCACAAGGUGAUACCUAUAAACAACUAGAGUGGGUGCUCCUGGAUUCACAUUCUUAUCUCCUGGACAUCCUUUUUAAGGACCCUGUGAAAAAUGCAGAUCUCAUUGAACAGCGCUGCCAGAGAUUGUCUGCACUUAUCAUGAACUCCACACUCCCAAUGAAUGAAGACUUGCUCAAUCUUCAAGAACAGACAUGUCAGAAACUGGUGAACCUUAAUCCCUGCAGUAGCUUAUCCCUCUAUAGAUUGGGAGCCUCACAGUUUGCGAAGUAUGAGAACUCUCCUCCUGGGGAAACUGCUAACAAAAUCUUGAAUGAGACCAUGAAAUCUUAUCAGGCCUGCAUCAGUAUGGAGGGUAAACCUGCAACAGGAGAUCCUCCCGAGACUCUGACAGGACAGCAAUGGUGGCAAGACAAAGUAAAAGCAGAGGAAGAGGCCAAAAAGGCAGAAGAAGCAAAGAAACCCCCACCAACAGCUCCCAAAGGAGGAGCAGCAAAGCCCGCCCCUGCUGCAAGGGGAGGGGGAGCAGCUGGGAGAGGAGCACCUGCCACUCGAGGGGCACCAGCAGCCCGAGGGAGAGGGGCAGUUUCUACACAACCCAAAGGUGGAGCAACUGCAGGAAGAGGAGGUGCUUCUAGAGGUGGGGGUACUGCCAAGGCUAUUGCAGGAAAAGCAACUCCUGCUCCAGCAACAUCAAAACCCCCUGCAGGUAAAGGCACACAUCAAUGUGAAGCCACACCCCCUGUCAAUAAAUCUGGAGCCACAGAACAACCGAAGAAAGAAGAAACCAAACCAGAACCUGCACCAGAAUCUAAACCAGCUGACAGUGGGAAAGCAGCCCCUAUCAACCAGAAAACUUACCAUCCAAGACUUGGACUGGCCAGAGCAUACAGAGCAUCUGGAGAUAUUGACCAAUCAAAGAAGUUCUACAAUGAAGUCAUGGCUAUGGCACCAGAAGUUCAUGAUGCCUGCAUUGAAUUAGCAGAAAUGUUAGCAAAGACAGAUCCCAAGGGAGCAGUGGAUGUCUACUGUAAAUUCCACAUCUCUGAUCCACCAACGUUUGAUGAUGGUUACAUUCUUGGUGAAAUAGUGCGUCUUCUGAUGAAGGCAGAGGAUUAUGAGGAUAAGAGACUGGUGAAGAACAUGAUUCUCUAUGGAAAAGUUUAUGGCUUAGCCAUUCUGGAGAAGUAUGUGAAAAUUUUGGAAGAAAAAUUUAAGAAUAAAGUCCUACAGGAAGUUUAUGCAGGUGUGAAUGGUAAAUCUGUGGAGGAUCCAGAUAUGCAGGCAUUCUUUAAAUUUAAAUGUUGGUUGUAGAAUGUGUGUUAUUAUUACAGUAAUACACAAUUUAUGAAAAUCUUUUUUAUGAACAUAAAUUGUGAAUAUUUCAAGCAUUUUAUAAAAAGGGUAACUGACUGCUUAGUUUCAGUAAGAUUUGUCCUUAUUGGAUUCUGUGUAUUUGCACAUUGUAGUACUUACUGCUGUUUUGAAUACCCUAUAUGAGUAUGGGAUACUUUCUUUUAUCAUGGAAGAUAUCGUUCAUGAGUUAUGGGGUACUUUCUUUUAUGGAAGAUCUCAUUCAUUCUUCAGUAACAGAAUAAUUUUCUAGUGUAUUUUUUGAUUGUUUUCUUGUGGAACUCAUUGAUUUUUGUGUGAGGUACAUGACAAAUCAGCCAUUGCUAGAAUCUCUGUGAUGUGUGCCAAAUUUACAGACACCAAAUUGUGAUAUGCGAGGAGAGUUUGUGAAUAUAUGUACAAUUAAAUUUUACUACAAUAAAGUGACAUUAAAAAAU